UCGAAGAAUUAAUUAACAGAAUCGAUCAUGGAGAAGCUGCAGCAGGCCGCCACCAUCUUUCUCUUCCUAAGCCUGAUUAGUUUCUUAGCAAAUCUCAUAACUGCGGCGGUCGCGACUCCGCCGGCGGUCUUUGUCUUCGGCGACUCCACCGUCGACGUCGGAAACAACAACUUCUUGCCCAGUGGUGCACCCAAAGCCGACCACCCUCAUUACGGUGUCGAUUUCCCUGACCACAUUCCCACCGGCCGGUUCAGCAACGGCUUACUCGCCGUUGACUUCGUCGCCCAUGCGGCGGGUAUACACCGGAGCCCGCCACCUUUUCUCUCUCUUGAUCCGAACUCAUUCUAUCCGAUGCCAGGAGUAAGCUUCGCCUCCGCCGGCUGCGGAGUUCUCGACACCACGGGGACGGACGUCUUGACGAUGACGCAGCAAAUCAAAGACUUCUCCACGUUCGUCGGGAAUCUCACUGCAGCUGAGGGCGCCCAGGCCGCCGCCACCUUCUUGAGCAAGUCACUCUUCUACAUCAGCGUCGGGAGCAACGACCUCUUCAAAUUCUCCCUCAUCGCCGACGUUCUAUUCGAGUUCGAAGGCCAACUGCGGAGCAUUUACAAGCUCGGAGCGCGAAAGUUCGCGGUGGUCGGGACCGGGCUGCUCGGCUGCACUCCGAGCAGCAGGGUCAGAGUCCUGGGCGGCGCGUGCAGCACGGAUCUGAACUAUCUGUCCCUGAGGUACAAGAACGCCACGAGGGCCCUGCUGGAUCUGCUCGCCGUGGAGCUGGAGGGGUUCAAAUUUUCAUUUUCCGAUUUCUUCGAAAUGUGCAGCCUCGUCCUGUCGGAUCCCCAGCAAUACGGCAUAACGGAGCUGGCAGCUGCGUGCUGCGGCUCGGGAUCGUUGAACGCGGAGGGGCCGUGCAUUCCCAACGCCACCUACUGCGACGACCGGAAACAGUAUGUCUCCUGGGACGGAAUCCACCCGACGCAGGUGAUGUACGCCUUGGCAGCUGAGCUGUCGGUCAACGGGCCACCCCAGUUUGCGUACCCUAUCAACAUCCGCACCUUGCUCCAGAGUACUUGGAAUCACUGCGUGUGACCAUCCAUAUCGAUCGUUGCUCCAGAGUACUGUUAAACAGCUGCGCGAAGCAGCAGUAUGAAUAAUAAGUUGAUGUAUGGUCGAUUAAAUUAGAGCUACUUCUGCACUUUGAAAUAUUAAAUUAUAAAAGCAAGAAUGUUACCCGAGUUUUUCCAUUAAUA